AUGUAUGUGAAAUGGUUUGAUACAGUAAUGUUAUACUAUGUGAUUUUAGUGAUUUCAGUGAAUGUCACUUCUACAAUUUCCUGCCAGUUCCAUCCCCGUACGUCACGACGUCGCAGGGAACGGAACUUGGAAGACAGAUGCCAGCAUUGGCUGGAGGACAUUGCCAGGGACGCUGCAGGGGGGAAAUCGCGGGAGCGCAGGACAAGGUAUGUGCAGAAGGGAUCCCGGAACAACGCUGCAAGGUAUUCCCGAGUGUAGCUCAGGGUUACCGCUUGUGCUACACUCGGGAAUACCUCCAGGGAGGUUA